CCCACGAGCUGCGCGAGCCACUCGAGCCCGUGCGCGCCGAGCGGAGACAGGACGGCUAUUCACAAAUAUAUAUAUAUAUAUAUAUAUAAAUAUAAAUACAUGUAAAAACCGGUCUCUCUCCGUGUCCGCCGUCCUUGCUAUGAAACUGGAGUUUGGAGAUCGACCUGAAGUUUAUUUUCUACUUUGCGGGAACGUGCGGGACGGCGGAGGAACGUCUCACCUGGGAGACGCACGAGGACGUCGUUUGCAUGAGCGCGUGCACAGAUCCAAGCAGUGGACGCAACUCCGCCCGCCUUGCGGACGGACAGGUGGACGAGUGGGAGAGGCUCCGCCUGACGGGGGCCGCGGGUCGUCACGCCGCCGCCGCCGACGUUUCCCCCAAACCCGACCUGAAGCGCGCCAUGUCGCUCGGCACGUUCCACCUCAUGCAGACGCUUAAGAACUCCCCUGCCGCGUUUCGCCGGCGCUUUCGCCGCGACCGCACCGAGUCCCUGUCCCACGGCGACCCCCUCUUCAAAGUCCACUACUUGGGCACGGAGAAGAUCUUCUCCCUGGACCGGGAGCAGGCGCAGGACGCCAUUAGCCACUUGCUGGAAGGCAUCGCCAACGGGAAGAAGCUGGGCAAAGACCACGCGCUGGUGGUGCGGCCGAGGUACGUGGAGGUGAAGGAGCUGAGCACAGGCCGGCAGCUCACAAAGACGUACCUGCAGGACAUUGCGUACUGUGCCGCCGACGCCAACCGGCCCAACGUCUUCCUGUACAUCUGCAAGCAUCAAGGGCAGCAGCUGCAGUGCCGGGUGUUCUGGUGCAGCCGGGCCGAGCGGGCGCGCGACAUGACGGCCUGCCUGGCGCACUCCUUCCAGCGGGCGCUCAGCGACUGGCAGCAGGACGGCUCGGCCACGCUGACGCCGGGGGAAAUGAAGGGGAAACGUGCCGAGGAGUCGUGCAGCUCUCCCGCCAACGCAAAGAGCUCCACCCUGCCCGCCAGUCUGGGAAAAGUUCGCUGGAAGAAGAGGGGCUCCGUGUCUCGCAGCCCCCUCAGGGCCAUCUCCAGACGGGGAUCUGCCUCCGACAGCUGGAACUGAACCCCCCCGGAUUUAACCCCUCAAACGCGGCACCACAUUCACCCGAUCACAUCCUCCAGGAUGACGGCAUUUGGAGGGAGGGAGGGAGGGAGGGGCAUUGCAAGAAGGACAAAAAGGGGAGGCAGCUGGGAAGCGGGACGGUCCAUAUUUGGACUUGAGGAUGUUGCCAUAAUCACUUGAGUGUGUGGACUCGGAAAAGGUUUUGUGACGCGGCAAAGUCGCCUGUUGACUUUUGCGAGUGUGACGUCCGAUUGCGGCACGCGAUUGCCGCCGCCGCCGCCGCCGCCGGCUUCCUUUUGUUGACCCUGUCAACGGCAAACCGGAGGAGCCUAUUUUGUGCUGAGCUUGUUUGUUUCCCAAGGCGUCCACUUGAUGCUGGGGCCGCUAAAGACGGCGGCUCGGUCCGCUGGAAGGACACAGUCAAACCAACGACGGUGCCGACCGUUGGCCAAAGGAUCCGCGGGGCGAAAAAACUGGAAAAAGACGACGAGAGUUCUGAUGUUUCUGAACGCUGAUAUUUCUUUUCUUCUUCCUUUUUUUAAACUGACAUUUGUGAUUGUUUUCAUGUUGCACUUUUAUUUGGUUGGACAAAACCUUUUUUAAACCUCUGACAGUUUUGGACAAGAUUAGAAACUGUAGAUGUCGAGAUACAGAGGGGACAUGCCGGCACGUCAUGCAAACCACGGUGAUCUGUAACUCACACAAAUGCAGUUGGCAGGUUUUCUGAGCACUUUUCCAAGUUUCCGGCCCGAACGCGCGUCACACGUUAAAUUCCUUGGCGUGAAAUCACCCGUUUUAUCAUUUGCGUGCUGAGAUUUCAAGGAGCCAUUCGCUGCCAACGAGUCGCGCGACGCGGGCAAACAAACGGAAUCCUCCCCGCCACGGUGGAAACACAGGUCACGACUGUCCACGGGUAUAAAUCAUUUUUGCAUUGACGUUGGGGGAGAGAGGGAGUGGGGGGGGGGGGGGGGGGGGGGGGGGGGUUAGAAAGACCCCGCACUGGGCCAUGAGUCGCGAGUUUGUUUGUGUCCGAACACUGGGAACGCUGUGUCCGCAUGUGGAGCCUCCGUGCGGAAUGCACCUGCAUUCCAACGGAGGAAACGUGAGAUUCUUCUCCAUGUGCCGCCGGGACUUUGCAUUGGCAGCGGCCUCAUCGGUAGAUGCCACAAUGUGCUUCUUUUUUCUUGUUUGAAGUCGUGAGCCCCUCGACCUUCGACCAGAGACAUAAAAAGGUGCCCGAACUCCUCAAGUCCGUUCAAAGUGACGGUCAUAGGCGCAGUAUUGCGUAACCUGCUCUCACCAUGGCGAUUUCUGUCUCCGGUUUACAAAUGAGAGACCCGAGCAUUAGUGGUAGGCCCCUGAGGCUUCCACUUAGUCCUCUGUUUUUUUUUGUAUUUUCUGACCAAAAAUUAAGCUUUUUAACAGGAACGAUUUCCAGUGUAUUGUUUCUUUUAAACCCGCUGUGCCACUUGGUUUUUAUCAGUUCAUUUUAACGUUUCUUCUUACAAACGGCACAACCUCAGAUCUCAGGAGUAGGGGGGUUAACGUGCCCGCUUCAAGACGUAUUUUUAUCAAUGUACUGUUUCGUCAUUGUACAUAUUUAAGUAAAAUAUGUAUUUUAUGGAUUAUUAAAACCUUUUAUACGACA